CGAAUUUGGAUUGUCUUCAACGCUUCAACUCUUGAAUUCUAAGCUCUCUCUCCCAAGUCCCAACUCACUCUUCCUCCAAUAUUUUUUUUUUGGAGACAUUCUUCACCCCUUCCCUCUCUCUCUCUUCCUUAGUCCUUUGUGUGUGAUCUUGCCAACCUCACAACUCAUAACUCAUACCUUCACUCCUCUCUCUUCCUCUACUAGACUACUACCAAAUGUAAUUUAUCUCUUGUGGAAAUUCCCACAGAGUUCACUUUCAUUUCAGCUGUGAUCAAAUCAAUGGGUUCUGUGCCGUCCACCCCGCGCAAAACAACUCUAUCGCACGGCGACACGGCUGAAUACGCCAUCGCUACUUUUGUCGGCGAUAAAUCAUUUCCUAUCACCUCUGAAUUUUGGCAUAACUUACUUGACUUACCUCUCCAUUUCCAUUGGCCUCCCGAUCGUGUUCGUCAAGCGUGCGAGUCUUUGGCGCAGAACAACUAUUGCACAAGGCAUCUUGAAAAGCUCUUGAUUCACUUAGCAUAUUGCUUGCAAGAUUGUAUUUUGGGCUCUGGUGCUCCAUCCAUUACCUUUACCAAGGCUUUGAAUGCUGCAUAUUUAUCUUCUGUAUGUUUAGCACAUACAAUUGAAAAUAGCAAGACCGGAACCUUUGAGGAAUUAUACCUUGUUCUGGAUGAUAAUGAGGUACCAAGUGGAUUUCGAAAAGAUCAGAGUGUUGAAAAUAUUGUCAUCCAUAGUGUACUCAGCUUUAUUUGCACAGUUGAGGCUAGUCCUCUUACAUACCUGCUCCAUUGUGAACUGCUUAACUUCUUGAUCGUCACCAUGUCAACUCAGCUUUUGUCUGGGCCAUCACCAGGAAAGAAAGAUUUCCAUCCAUUUCUAGAAGCUGUUAUGUCUCAGGAAGCUUCUCUUGUUGCGCUGGUAGUUUAUAAGCUGCUGCUAAAUUAUAUAUCCCAACCACGGAGUGCCUUCAAUGGUGCAUCAUACUCUGCCUUACCAGAGGGGAGUCAACCUGGUGCCUUACAAAAAGUUGGCUCUGCAGCUGCUAAUCUGGUGUUGUUGCCACUGAACUUCAUUGUUGGUUCAAACAGUGAAGGUUCAAGAAGUCUGCUCGCACGGAGCAGUAUUUAUAUACUUCUCAUUCUUGUACAUUUUCGUAAACGUGCUGUUAUGGAUGAGCUCAUCAGUGGUAGAAAUGAUGGCGACACUACUUCAGAUGCUUUGCUUACAGAGAACUCUUUUUGUGAAAAUCCAUUUUGCAAGGCUUUAGAAAAUGCAAGGGAUGUUGAAUUUGAUCGGGUCGAUGUUGAGGGGAAUGCUCAUUGUGGCCCGCUUGUGAGGAUACCCUUUGCCUCGCUCUAUGAUACUCUAGGAAUGUGCUUAGCUGAUGAAGCUGCUGUCUUGUUGCUCUAUUCUUUAGUGCAUGGGAAUGCGGAUUUUUUGGAAUAUGUGCUAGUGCGUACUGAUCUCGAUACUUUGUUAAUGCCUAUCUUGGAAAUAUUGUACAAUGCUCCAAGGAGGACAUCAAAUCAGAUCUACAUGCUGUUGAUUAUUCUUCUUAUUCUCAGUCAGGAUUCUACUUUCAAUGCUAGUAUUCACAAGCUGAUACUUCCAAGCGUACCUUGGUACAAGGAACGACGCCUUAAUCAUACAUCUCUUGGAUCAUUGAUGGUCAUAAUUCUUAUAAGGACUUUGAAGUACAAUCUGUGUAGGUUGCAGGAUGUUUAUCUCCACACAAACUGUUUGGCAACAUUGGCAAAUAUGGCUCCUCAUGUUCACCGUUUGGAUGCAUAUGCAUCACAAAGAUUAAUCAGCCUCUUUCAUAUGCUCUCUCGCAAGUACACCAAAUUAGCAGAGCUACAAAAUGACAAGAUGCAAAUAGAUAAAGUGAAUUCAAUGGAAGGAGACAACAUUCUGGAAGAUGUGUCUAUGGAGUUGCAUAUCUAUACUGACUUUUUGCGGAUUGUUCUGGAAUUGAUAAACGCAAUAUUGACAUAUGCUCUGCCGCGGAAUCCAGAGGUUGUCUAUGCGGUGAUGCACAGACAGGAGUUAUUUCAGCCCUUCAGGAAUCAUCCAAGAUUUAAUGAACUGCUUGAAAACAUUUUUACUGUUUUAGAUUUUUUCAACAGUAGAAUGGAUGCUCAAGAGGUAGAUGGUGAGUGGUCUGUGGAGAAGGUGCUCCAGGUUAUAAUCAACAACUGCAAAUCCUGGAGAGGGGAAGGAAUGAAGAUGUUCACUCAAUUGCGUUUUACAUAUGAACAAGAAAGUCAACCUGAAGAGUUCUUUAUUCCUUAUGUGUGGCAGCUUGCUGUAGCUAACUGUGGAUUUGCAUUCAGUCCAAACAAAAUAAAAUUGUUUUCAGUUGAUCUUCCUAGAGAGAGUGCUUAUAUUGGAGAAGGAAGACAUACUCAUCAACUUGGAGAGUUGAGUGGACACGAAGUUGAGCUUGAUCCGUAGCAAAUGUGGACUAGGGUCUUGUAUACUUCAAAGUGAGAUAUGUAUAUAUAGUAGAUUAAAUAUCAGAUAAUUUGUCAUUCUUUCCUGUCCAUAUAUUGAAGUAAUGUAGAGGGCCUUUUCUAUCGUACCGUGUAUGUGAGUGACGUUUGUUAUAGAAUGUGUAAAUGCUCAUAGAAUCAUAGAUCUUUCUCCCUAGAAAGUUCAACUAUUUUCUCAAUCUAAUAAUCAUAUCUCAUGCACAGCGCGGAUCAUGAUCAGCAAGCAUGGUUCUGGAGGAACGUAUACCUCAAAAUUUUGAACAUGGUUGUUGUUUUACA